UCAGCUGUCCGGAAUACCUCCUGCAUAGCUGAAGAAUUCCUGCCACUGGAACACCGCGGAAAGUAUCAUUCACGGAUUACAACUCUCGCUCCCCACAUGGCACACCCUUGAUCUACUGAGAGGUCAUUCCUCCAUACAAAGAAUGGGUUCAGUUCUGCCUCUGAAUCCAGCAACUUGUUUGGCCAUCCAUUUGUAACAUACUCCUGCACUCUUGACAAAAGUCUGUCAGUGCGACUAGCCUUUCGAAUGUCCCCUGAAGUGAGAGGUAACUAAUCUACAUGAGAGAAACAAAACAAGUCCUCUCUGUUUGGGGUAACCUCCAAAUUCAAAGGUAAUCUAGACAUGGCAUCAGCACUGCUGUGCUCUGCUGCCUUAUGAUACUGAAUAUCAUACUGGUAUGCAGACAAUAUCAAUGCCCAUCUUUGCAUUCUGGCUGCUGCCAGAGUUGGUAUGUGUGCUUUUGGAUCACUGUCAACAGCUGGUGAUCUGUCUCGAUUACAAACCUUCUACCAUACAAGUAUUUGAGAAACCUCCUAAUGUCAAAAAUCAAUGCAAGAGCCUCUUGCUCUAUUUGCGCAUAAUUUCUCUCACUGGCAUUAGGUUUUCUAGACGGAAAUGCUAUUGGCCUCUCGUCUCCCUUUUUUUUUUGCACAUGAGAGAUCACAGCACCAAUACUGUAUGGUGAAGCAUCCCAUGCUAACUUCAUUGGCUUAUUUACAUCAUAAUGAAUUAGCAUUGUACUCUCUGCCAACUGAGCUUUACAUGACUUGAAAGCUUGGUCCCAUUCAUGUGGCCACUUCCAUGGUACAUCUUUUCUCGAGGUCAUUCAAGGGAUGUAAACAGGUGGACAGCUAGGGGCAUAAUUUACAUGAGCCCUGAAUGAGAUACAUGAAUAAUCGUGAGACACAAGUGAGAUACAGGAAUGCUGGAGGCUGUCCAGUGUUAUGCCUCUGUUUAAGAAGAGCUGCAAGGAAAAUGCCAGAAAUUAUAGAGCUGUGAGCCUUACUUCUGUGGCAGAUAAAUUUGUGUGAAACUUAAGUUACUGUAGCUGAUUCUGAGGGAUAAUAUACAUAUAUAGGCAUAUAUGAAUUUGGAGAGUCGUGGGCUAAUUAGGGAUAAUCAGUUUGUAUGUGAGAGAUCAUGUCUCAUGAAUUUGAUUACAUCUUCUGAAGAAUUAACCAAAAGAUUGAUGAAGGCAAAGUUGUAGAUGUUGUCCAUAGGGACAUAAGCAAGGCAUUUGAUAAGGUUCUGCAUGAGGUUCCUCUGGAAUAUUAAAUCACACAGGAUCCAGGGAGAAAAUACAUCAAAUGGAUAAAAAAUUAAUCAUGGAAGAUUGCUUUUCGAGAGGCUCGUGACGAUGUAUUUAAAAGUAUGUAUGACAUCCAAUAGGGGCACAAUUUAUUACGUUCUGGCCUUAAGACAAAAUAGAACAACGUUUAUAUAACAUGAAAAAAAACUUCAAUUAGUCAAUGUCUCAUGUGACUCUCCCCUGGAGUCGUGUAAGGUGCUGAUAACAAUUUUGAGCAUCUAUUAAUUGAAUCAUUUAAACAAACAAGAGAGUUCUCACACUGUCAAAAGUCCAAAUUCACCACCAAAGGAUCAUUACCAAAGACAGUACUUUUUGGAAAUUGCUGAAGAGACGCCAGCUGUUGCAUUUGUCUGCAUUUGUUCCAGAUAAAUUAAAGUAAUUUUAGGGUUGAAAUUAGAAUUCAAGUAGAGAAUUGUAUGUCAUACUCGUUUCUCUCCCAUAAAAUGGCAAUGUUUUAAUAUAAUCUUUAAUUUCCCAACAAAAGAACUAUUCUGUUGUUGCAAUUAUUCAUAUCAUUUUACUAAUUGCAAGAAAAUUGACAAAUAAGCAACUAUUUUUUUCCGUUGAGCAAGACCAUUGUUUAUUUAAUUCCACUUGAUUGGGAAGCAAAGGAUCUGGACCGAGGAUGAGUCACGUGAUAUCUGCUCACGCCCGCUCUUCCUUCGUCUUCUUCACCCAGGUCCGCACAGCCGGUAUUAGAACGUCCAGGGACCUAUUCAUUUUCACCUGUGAAUCUGCGAUUUGAUAUCAUGUCAGGUAGAGGGAAAGGAGGAAAGGGACUGGGCAAGGGUGGUGCAAAGCGGCACCGUAAAGUCCUUCGUGAUAAUAUCCAAGGCAUCACCAAACCUGCCAUACGUCGUUUGGCUCGCCGAGGUGGCGUCAAGCGUAUUUCUGGCCUCAUCUAUGAGGAAGUACGCGGCGUUUUGAAGGUUUUCCUUGAGAAUGUCAUCCAGGAUUCAGUAACCUACACGGAGCAUGCGAAACGCAAGACAGUGACAGCAAUGGACGUGGUGUAUGCACUGAAACGUCAGGGACGCACAUUGUAUGGGUUCGGGGCUGAAAGAUAAACGAUACAUUAUUAGAAAUCCAAAGGUUCUUUUUAGAACCAUCACAUUAUUCUAAAAGACCAAUCACUUGGUUCAACUUUCAACAGCAAAUAAUCUAAGCUACACCUGGUAAACCUCUGUGAAAACCGAUUUUCAGUUGCCCGCUGGUGUCCGGGUCACGCAUUUCCUCCAUUUUGCUCCAUUUUCUUUAUGUAUAGUAAUGGCAAUGUUUCACAUUCUUGCCAAUGCUACGGGUUAAAAUUCCAAAUCCAACAAACUGGAUAAUUUCAGAGGUUUAUUAUCAACGUAAUUCCUGUAGCCUUCUCUUGCAAUGUGCUUGUUUUCCCUGAUGGUUGAAAGUUUCACCUUUUUUUAGAAUUUAGACUGUCGAGGUACGCCGCGGAAACAGAUCCUUCGGCCCACCGAGUCUGCGCCGAUCAGUGAUCACCCCUGACCAAAGAUACUAGAGGAGCUCCUCUAGUAUCUUUGCCCCUGACACUAAUGUACACAUGCACAACGGACACCUGUACGUCUUUGGAGUGUGGGAGGAAACUGUAGCACCCGGAGACAGAGAGAACGGGCACAGGAAGAAUGUAAAAACUCCGUCAGCACCCGCAGUCAAGAUCGAACCCGGACCCUGAGCGCUGUAAGGCAGCAACCGUAACAGAAACCAGAAGCAAGAGUUACUCCUGAUCAAGGGUCAGGGAGUG